AUGACAGAAAAAAAAGUUGUACGACGUUCAAAUACUACUGUUCAAAAAGAACUUUUAGCAUAUAAGGAAUUAUAUCAAGAUUCAACACCUGUCGAUAAACGAAAAGCUGAAUACAAAACGAUAGUGACGAGUUAUUAUAGUUUAACAACAGAUGCUUAUGAAUAUGCUUUGGGUAAAAGUAUUCAUUGUGCUAAUCGAUUUCGUGGUGAAACAUUUGCAGAAUCGAUUCAACGACAUGAAUCUUAUUUAGCAUUAAGAAUGCAACCUAAACCAGGAGAUAAAGUGCUUGACAUCGGUUGUGGAGUUGGAGGACCAUUAAGACGUAUUGCACGCUUAACUGGAGCGCAUGUUACUGGUAUUACAAUUAGUCCAUAUCAAGUUCAACGAGCUAUAGCAAUUGGUGUACCAGAUAAUUGUCAAUUUAUUGAAGGUGAUUUUAUGGAGUUACCAUUUGAAAAUAAUAGUUUUGAUCAUGUUUAUGCUAUAGAAUCGGUAUGUCAUUCACCAGAAAAGUCUAAAUGUUUUGCUGAAGUUUUUCGUGUACUUAAACCAGGUGGUUCAUUUGUUGGUUAUGAUGUGUGUUUAACUGAUAAAUAUGAUGAUCAAAAUCAUGAACAUGUUGAAGCAAUGCGUACGAUGGAAGCAAAUUUUGGUUUACCCGAAUUAAAAUCAACUCAUGAAUUUGUUUCGGAUCUUCAAUCAGUUGGUUUUACUAUUGAAGAAAAUCGAAUAAUACUAGAAGGUGAUUUUUCUUGUUAUCAAUGUUAUCAACGGCUAGAUGGUGGUGAUUCAUUUUUCUCAUUAAUAAAUUUUCGUACAAGCCCUCUUGGUCGAUGGUUAGGACGUAAUACAAUUUGGCUAUUGGAAAAAGCUCGAAUAUUUUCUAAAGGUAGUACAGCAAUAUGUGAUAUGUUUCAAAGAGGAGCUAAAUAUGGAUUACGUGCUGCAAACCUUGAUAUAGUUACAUCUAUGUUCUUUUUUCUUGCUCGAAAACCUUCAUUAUAA